CAACGUAGCAAACGCGUCUGGUUAGUAUGCUCACCUCGUUGGCGUCGUCUAAGCGUAUUUUUAGCGUAUGCUAUGGACUUGACGGCUUCUGUUUUUGGAGCAACUAACCUUUAGAGCCAGGGACCCAAGUUUACCAACUGUAAAACACGUUGUACUGAGAGUAGACCCACCUAGGUGCACUCUUCACAUCGAGCACUGCGUGCAGUGAGAACCAUUCAAUGCAAAUGAAUCGUACGGUGGAAGCCGGUCACGAUGAGAUCUGGCCACGUGCCAUCUGCAAGACAUGCAAGAAGCUUCGUCGAAUCCCUCCUGAGGAAUUCUUAAAACUCGCAGACACGGGUAAAGAACCCGACUGGUCCUGCCACCUGGCAGAGCCCUAUAGGCCGGGAGCCAGGUGCCUGGAUCCGGAGGAAAAGAAGACGGAGGCGGAAAAGGCUAAGCCGUUCGAACCCGACGGAUUCUGGUGGAUGUCGAAAUUUCGAGGGGAUAUUUACUACAUAACCCCCGAAAAGAAGAAACUGUAUUCUCCUAGCCAGCUAAAAGCAUACUUAGAGGAGUACAACCGGAAUCGUCGGAAUCCUCUCACUCCGGAGGACUUCUGCAUCAGUAAGCCUAAGUGGAGGGAGGUGCACGGAUGCGCGGAUGGGGGAGUGAAACGUCCUGGUGCGGCAGGUGUCAGAUUCAUGUCCGCUGGGGGAAAAGCGGCGUCUGCUGUCGCUCCCGCUUCUGCUGCUACUGCUGCUGCUGCUCGGGCGAUUAGUCCUGUUGGUGCUGCUGGUGCUCGGUCGAUUAGUCCUGCUGCUGUUGCUGGUGGCGGCAGCGGUGGGUUGUCCUCCAAGCACGAGCUUGUGAGGAUCGGCGCAUCCUCGGUGGCGGCCAACGCUGUGCCGCUGGGUCGCUCAGGCUCGUACAAGGCCGUACCUCUGGCGAUCCCUGCAGGCAGCAAGGGGGGUGUGGGCGCAGUAGGGGGGGAGAGGGGCAAGGAAGGGGGGGAGAGGAGCAAAGGAGGAGGGGAAAGAGGCAAAGAAGGGGGAGCAGGAGCGGGGGUUGCAAAAGGAGGAGGAGGCGGCGCUGGAAUUGCAGGCACAGCAGGUGCUGGGGCUGGAGUGAGGAAAGAAGGGGGACUGGACCUGACAGGCAGAGGAAGUGAGAAGAAGGGAGAGGGGGUCAGGAUGGGCGCUGGAGGAAGGGGGGGGGUAGCUGAAGGUUUAGAAAGAAGCUGUGAGCGGGUGGGCAAUGAAAGAGUGGGUGGUGAGAGGGUUGGUGCUGGUGGUGGUGGUGGUGCUGCUGCUGCUGCAAGUGGUAGUAGUCAUCAUAGUGUUUCUGGUAACCGCAGUGCAUCCGGUAACAGUAACCCUGUUGUUGACGACGGCGACGAUGAUGCAGCAGUGCGUGUCCCUGAUGCGGUUACUGAUUUCCGGCUAGAAACCUACACCGAGGAGUCUUUUCCUCUCUACAGGCUGCCUUUUUAUAAGUCGGGGAAGCUUGCACUGCUCAAGGAGAAGGUAUAUUUGCGUGGGAAGGAUGCGAAUGGCGGGGCGACUGUGUUUGUGGAUGUAAUGGCUUGGCGAGUAGUGGUGAAGGUGGAUGUGGUGAAGGUGCAGCUGCAGGCUCGGCAAGGCAAGAAAUGGAUUGAAGUGCAGAAGCCGAGCCUGGGUUACACGUCUGGGAAGUUAGGUUCGGAGUUUGGCUGGGCACAGUGCUGCAUGCGGUUCCAUCCUAAUUGGUCAGAAGGUGAGGUGAAGCAGUUUUUGCGGUCACAUAAUGUUGAUGUGGAGCGUCUUGUAAGGAGGGUGGAUUUGCUCGAAGAUUUUAUUCAGGGUGAUUUGGAUUUUAAGCGAUCUAGUCUGUGGAGGUUUCUUGAGAGGGAGAGGCGGGGGGGGGUUGAGCUAGAGCGAGGAGUGGUGAGAGAGAGGGAGAGAGAGAAAGAGAGGACGAAGGGCGGUGAGGCAGAGAAACGGUGGAGGGACAAGGAGAGAGAAAUAGGGAGGGGGAGGGAGGAGGAAGAUAUUAGAAGAGAGGGAGGAAGUGAGCGAGGUAGAGACAGGGCUCAGGUGCGUGAUAAGAUUCUCGAGGAACUGGGGUAUCCAGUCAGGAGGACAGGAUUGGGAAAGACAGGCACGUUGAGAAAAAAGGUCCGAGUGGCUAGAUUUGAAGAGCUCGAGGAGGAAGAGGAGGAGGAGUUGGACCGGAAGUUCAUUGUUUCGGAUGACGAGGAUGGGAUGGAUAUGGGUGGAAGAGGAGGAGGAAGGGGAGGAGGAAGGGGAGGAGGAGGGACAGGAGGAGAGGGGAGGGACAAACUGUGGGGGGAAGGAGCAGAGGAAGCGGAUGACGAGGGCUUGUACGAGGCGGAGGAGGGGGAGGAGGAGGAGGAUGCACAAGUAGCAGGGUGGGACAGCGUGUGCUACAUCUGCGACGACGGCGGCGACCUGGUGUGCUGCGACGGGCCGUGCAUGCGGUCGUUCCACGUGGAGCCGGACGACGAGGAGGAGAAGAAAAGGGACAAGUUUCACUGCCCCACCAUCGGGCUCACGGAUGGCGAGGUGCAUGAGAAGGAGACCUGGCUGUGCCCGAAUUGUGAGGCCAAGCAGCACGUGUGCUUCAUCUGCCACCAGCUGGGCUCCUCGGAGCCAAAUUCGGAGCCGAAUCCGGAUCCAGACUCUACAGCAGCAGGUGGGAGCGAGGGGAAGCAGCAGGAGGUGUUCAUGUGUGACGUGGCGCUCUGUGGGCACUUCUACCACCCGACAUGUGUCGCGUCGUGGCUGGCCGAUGCAAAGAAGCUGCCCCCAGGCAGCGAGGAGCGAAUCCAGGAGCUGGAAACCGUCGCUGAGGGCAUCCGGGCAGGCUCGGGAAUGUUCUUCUGCCCGCUGCACAAGUGUGCCAAGUGCCACACGGAGGAAAAGGACCGAGAUGCGUUAAAACUCGUGCCGUGCCGCCGCUGCCCGAAAUCCUACCACGUGAAAUGCCUCCCGCCAGAUUUGAGCCAAGAUGGGAGUGACCCUAGCAACCCGCAGAGGGUCUGGGGUGUAGGGGAUGGUUUUGCCGAGAGCCUCAUGUACUGCACCCGGCAUUCCCUGGACCCUUUUCUUGGCACCGCUGCCCGCGGGCACCAUAAAUUUCCGGAUGUGAGGAGGACGAGGGGAGUGAGAAAGACGGGGUGGUUUGCAGAUUUGGAGGAGGGGGAGGAGGAAGAGGGGAGGGUUGGUAGGAGGGUGAAGAAGAGGAGAAUGAUUGUGGAUGAAGAGGGGGAGGAAGAGGAGGAGGGGGAGGAGGAAGAAGGGAUGGAGGUAGAAGGAUUGGGGAUUGGAAGCAAAGCUGGUUUGAGUGAGCAGGCAGUGGCCGGUGCAGCAGCAUCUGCCAGAGCAGCAGCAGCGGCAGCUGCUGCUGCAGGAGCGGCAGACCUGUUAGAGCCACAUAGGGCGAUGGGCUCAGCGGAGAAGGCAGGAACAGCAGCAGCAACAGCAGCAGCAGGAGGAGGAGCAGCAGGAGCAGCAGCAGCAGGAGGAGCAGGAAGAGAAGUAGCGGGCGCGAAGGGGAGGGGGAGGAAGAGGGCUUUAAUGGAGAGGGAGAGGGAGGAGAGGGAUGCGGCGCUGAGGGCGAUGGAGAGCAUCGGAGGGAUCCAGAGCAGGAAGGGCGGGGUCACGCACAAGGAGAUGGCCCAGACGUGGACCAAAGGGAAAGCCCCGCGGCACAUGUUCCAGUACCCCUGCGACCUCGACGCUUCACGGUCUCGCCUGAGCAGCAUAUUCGCCAGUGCAGCCAAGGAGGUCACAGAGCAGACAGUCAAGGCCGCCCUUGCCGUCCCCCUCAUGUACCAGCACAGCCACAACAUGACCUCCAACGGUGACACGGGCGGCGGUACGGGCGGCAACAACAACAACCAGGGCGGCAACCCCCGGAAGAUCCCGCUGAGCAAGCUCGAGUCGAUCCUGCACGCAGGGGAGAAGGCGCGGAAUUUCUUGGCUAAGGAGGUGGAGCAAGCAGGCGUUGUGUCUGAGGAGGCUCAACAGCAGGCGCAGCGGCUCUGCCCCCCCCUACAGCUGCAGCAGCUGGGGGCAAUCGGCGAGGCUCUGCGGGUAUACCUCUCGCCGUAUGUUCACGGGCAGCGGUACACCUCGUACGGGCGGCAUUUCACGCUGCCCGAGAAACUAAACGAGGUGGUGGAGAGGCUGGCGCCUUAUAUGGAGGAUGGGGAUGUGCUGGUGGAUUUCUGCUGCGGGGCGAACCAUUUCUCACUGAUUGCGAGGCAUCGGCUGGAGGAGGCUCGGAAGCGGUGUGGGUUUGCCAACUUUGACAUCAUGCGGCCGCCGAACGAGUUCUGCUUCUCCAAGCGAGACUGGUUCUCCGUGCCGAGAAACCAGCUCCCGGACAGCAAUCAGCUUAUCAUGGGCCUCAACCCGCCCUUCGGCGUGCGAGCUGCGCUUGCUUCGUCGUUUGCAAGGCGUAGCGCCGCCGUCUUUCAACCGAAGCUCAUCAUACUCAUUGUGCCUCAAGAAACACGAAGUCUGGAGCCGCUGGGGUACACGUUGCUGUGGAAGGACGAGAGAUUGUUCGAGCAUCGCGCGUUCUACCUGCCGGGGUCGCAUGAUAGGGACAACAGGACGAUGAAUCAAUGGAAUAAGAACGCCCCGCCCUUGUUCCUCUGGUGCCGCAACGACCUCGUCAAGCGCUACCGCCCUUUGGCUAACAUGCUGGGACACACAAGGGGCGUCUUCCCUGCUCCCCGCCCCAUGCCCCCCUCGUUGCUUUCGGAGCUCAACCUCGCCACCUCCAUCUCCACCACAGGUUUGGAUGCUGCUGGCAUCGCCGCUGCUGAAUCCCAAGUCUUGGUCCUCUCCGGACCUCACAUCUGGGCUCGGGCUGGCUGUGGCUUGGCCGAAGCAAGGCCAGUGGGAGAGGAUGGUGGUGGCGGCAGCGUCGGCGGGGGUGGCGGUGGCGGUGGUGGUGGUGCUGGUAGUGAUGGCGCUGGUGAUGGUGGUUUGUUAUAUUUGGAGGGGAGGGGAAAGGGAGGAGGAGAAGGCAAUGGCAUGCGUGGUCGAGGCUUUGAGAGGGGCGGUGGACAAGAGGAGGGAAUGUUGGAAGGUAGAAAGGUGGGCGGAGUCAAGCGGGUUCGGAAGGGGGAGGCGGAGCAGAUGAAUGAGGAAAGGCAUGUUAAGGUGAAAAGUGAAUGCGCUAAUAUGGGGGAUAAAGGCGUGGGAUUGGCGACUGGUGAGUCGGCUCAGAAGUCGAAGAUGGAGUUAGGGAUGGAGAAGAGGGGUCAGGAGAGAGAGGAGAAAGAUAAGGGGAAGGAGAAGGAGAAGGGGAAGGAGAAAGAGAAGGGGAGGGAGAAAGAGGAGAGGGAGAAGGAGAAGGAGAAGGAUGGGGAGAAGAGGAAGGAGAAGGAGAAGGAGAAAGAUAAGGGGAGGGAGAGAGAGGAGAGGGAGAAGGAGAAGGAGAGGGACAAGGGGAAGGAAAAGGAGAGGGAGUUGCAAAGGGAUGGGAGGGAAGGUCUUGGAGAAGUGAGAGGGGAGAAGGACGCAAGGCGAGAGAGGAAGGGGGGGAAAGAUGAAAAGGAUGCGAAGAAGGUGGAUGGGAAGGAAGGGGGAGGCAAACGAGAGAAUAAUGAUCGGAUGUCAAGUAGAGAGGGGAAGCACAGCACGGGAGAAAGGUCCCCUUUGGGUGGGAGAGGUGAUGGAGGAGGUGGGGUUGAGAGAGGAGGCAGGGAGGGGAGAGAUGGGAAGGAUGGGAGGGAGAAGGAUGGGAAGGAUGGGAGGGAGAAGGAUGGGAAGGAUGGGAAUGAUGGGAGAGAUGGGAGGGAUGGUAGGGGUGGGAGGGAGAAAGAUGCGAAGGAGGGGAGAAGCCACAGGGAGGCUAGGGCCGCAGCAGAGCGGGAGAGGCAGAGGGAGGGGAUGAGAAAGGAAGAGUGGGCGGAACUGCAGCGGCAAAGAGGGGAAGCUUUUGAGUCGAGUCAACGGCAGAACGAGCGGAUGAGGAUGGAGGAAUCAGCGAAAUUGCGUCUCCGCAGAGAGGACGCACUGAGGCGUGAGGGAGAGUGGAGAAGAGAGGAGGAGCGAAGGAGGGAGGGAGAGUGGAGGAGGGAGGAGGAGAGGCAUUUGCAUGGAGGAGAGAGGGGCAGGCACGAGCAGGGGGGGUAUUCCCAACCAAGUUAUGAUGAUGGGCUCGAAAGGGGCGUGCAUGAUGCAAGGGGCGUGCAUGAUGCCAGGGGCCGUGAAAGAGGCUUUGAGGGGGGUGCAGGUAGGAGGCUGGACAGAGGCGCUGACAGGGGCGCUGAUAGGAGCGCUGAUAGGGGCGCUGAUAGGGGCGCUGAUAGGGGCGCUGAUAGGGGCGCUGAUAGGGGCGCUGAUAGGGGCGCUGAUAGGGGCGCUGAUAGGGGCGCUGAUAGGGGCGCUGAUAGGGGCGCUGAGAGGAGUCAGUACGAUAGCAGAAAUCCUGAGAUCCGAAUCUACAUGCUGGGGAGGGAUAUGGAUGUGGGGGGAGGAAGGGAGGGGGGGUAUGAGGAGCGAGAGGGUGCGAGGAGAGGAGAGGAGAUGUGGGGUGCGAUGGGCGAGAGAGAUUACACAUUGAGGGAAGAGAGGAAGUACAGGGAGAGGAACGAAAGGGUUUACAGAGAGAGGGUUGAGAUGGAGGAGGGCAGGCUUGCAGCCGAAGCAGGAGCAGCAGCAGCAGGAGGAGGAGGAGGCGAAAGAGGAGUUGAAUCCGGCGCGCCAGCACCCCACUCUCAGCCAUUCCUCAGCCCUCCGAUGCAGUCGCUUCCCCCACAUGCCCUCCCUCCCACUUCCCCUCUCACUCCCCCUCCCCCUCCCCCUUCCCCUCUCCCCCCUCCUCCGCCAUUUCCCGUCAUUCUCGACUUGACCCAAGGGCCGCACCCUCCCAUGUUCAUCAACUCGCAAUCAGCGCCCAUCCCCAUCUCGUUUGGCCGCCCCUUAGGCCACAUCAUGCAGGGGAGCGCGCUGCCAGCUGUUCCUCCUGAGUUCGGGCCGGACGAAGAUGGCGGCUCGAGGCAGGAGCAAUUCUCUCAGCAGGGUUUGCACCCUAACAUGGGACCUGCUGUACUUGUUAGUGGCUCAGGCCGCAUCCUUAGAGGAGCAGAUGACGUGGAGAAUUUCCUACGCAACGCAGAGAGGCUGGAGGCAGGAGCAAACGCAGCAGCAACAGCAGCAGCAGAAGGGGGGCCUGAAACAGCCAGCAAUGUGUUCUCACCAGCCCCGGCCAUGUUAAGGCCGCAGUCAGCAGCAGGCGCACCACCUCAGGGGGUUGCAGCGAGGGAAGAUCUGAGCAGCUUUCUUCGAAACGCAGAGAGGCUUGAAGCACAGUUCUCAUCGCCUGCACCUCAUGCCAUCAUGCGUGGAGAUACACGUGGAGGCAUGCAUGGUGACACGGAUGGGGAGAUGCUUGGAGACAUGCAUGGGGAGCUGUUUGGGGGGAUGCAUGGGACCACACGUGGGGACAUGCGCAGUGACAUCGGGCGGAGCAUGGGUGGCCUACAAGGGGAGCUUCAAGACAACAUAAGGAGCGCUUCCAUGGGGCCAACGGGGCCGGUGAUCCGCAUGCGAAUUCUGCCUUUCAACCCUCAUGGCCCCCCGCCACCGCUUGGGACUCUCCGUGGGCGCAUUCCUCCGGGCUUUGACGACGGACCGCCGUUUCCGGAGCAGCAUUUCGGGGCGAGACUGCCUCAUAUGCAGCAGCAGCAUCUGCAGCAGCAACAGCCGAUGGAGCCUCAUACGAACAUUGCGCCCGUGACUAUGCGAAUGGUUGGCGAGCACCGCGUGAUGGUCGUCGCGGAUUCGCUUGCACCCCCUACUGUGGACUCCAUGGGGCCGCCUCCGCCUCCGAACAUGCUGCCUGAAAUGCAGGGGGGCAGGCCUACAUUCUUCUCUCAGCAGCAGCAGAUGUUGCCACAGCACAUGGGAGAUGGUGUCCGGAUGAAUGAAUUGCACACUCAGAGGUUUCUAGGGCCCCAAGUGUUCGACGGCCCACCUAACGCUCGACUUCCGCAUAAUGAAAUGUUUCAUCCCCAGGGCGUUAGAGGAGAAUUCUUUCAUCUUCAACGAGGACCACAAGGCCCUCCACCACAUGCCCCCCCGUUUGACCCGCUACCGUUUCGCAAUCAAUACGGGCCCAGGGGCCCUUACCGUGGCUUCCCCGUGAGUGAUCGAGGGGGGAUGGAGGAACCCCCGCCGUUUGUUAUUCGAGGUCCGCUUGAAGAUGCGGGUGGGCCGAAUACUGGGGGCUGGCUGGAUGAGUAAUGCAGUUGGUCGUCUUCGAAGUGAGAUGUUAUUUGUGAAACACACAGGUGAUUGUUGCUCCGUGCGUAAAGUUUCAAACCGUCUUUGACAUUAAGGAAGCUUAGCGUUUUCUUUCGGAAGAGAAAGCCUGACAGGUGAGACUACCUUAAUAUGGCGGUUUUCUUGGUUGCGGGUGCUUGUUCAAUACCUUGUUUUUAACUAGGAGUAAAGUUCAAAGUUCUAUUA